CUUCUGGAAACUCAACCGCAUCAGGAUCAAUAAUCUUUGGGUUGAUGCAGUGUCUUACUGAUUUGUCGGCUCAGCAAUGCGGUGAUUGCUUGGAUGAUUGCUUGCUCAAAGUCAAGGAACUUUAUAAACCGGUACCUAUAAGGAGGCAAGUAAAAGUGUACACGACUAGUUGUGUUAUUAGGUACGAGAACUACCAGCUUUUCAAUUCAACUUGGUUUCCAGCUUCAACAUCUUCGGGUGGUUUGGAUAAUGUACUCGGAGAAGGUGGCUUCGGCUGUGUUUACAAGCGGUGAAACGGCUAGGAAUUCCUCACAAGGUGUUGUGGAGUUUAAGACCGAAGUAAACUUGGUUGCCAAAGUACAACACAAGAAUUUAGUUCGCCUUUUGUGUUACUGUGUACAAGAGCCCGAACGCCUGCUUGUCUACGAGUAUAUGGGCGCAGGCUCACAACAGAUAAAUGACCUAAAACUUCCCCAUGAUUCUCUUGAAGUAUAUCUACAUACUUGUAAUAUUUUGGAUGAUGAUGAUGACACUGAUGAUGAAUUAUAUGCAUACUUCUUUGUAUGAUGACGAGUAUGUU